AUGCGGCUUCUUUUCCAGCCGGCAGGGGUCGGCAGCAGGCUCCAGCGAGCAGCUCCUCGGGAGCAGUACGGGCAGCCCCACCUCGCCUUGGCUCCUCCGGGCAGCAGUGCUGGGUUCCAGGCGGCUUCUAGUGCUGCAGCAGGGUCUCCUCCCGGGCAGGCAGAGACAGUAGAGCCUGCAGAACUUGCCCUCUUGUACAGAUCAGGAAUUGCUGUUCGAGGAAGUACCACUGAUCAAACUAGCCAGUUAGCACUGGCCAGUGCUUCCCAAGUGCUUUUCUCUGUUUUGCAGAUAGAAAGCUUAGACAAGACUCUGGAAGAUUUGCUGACCCGAGUGGACGAGUUUGUGGGAAUGCUGGACAUGAUUCGAAGUGAUUCCUCUCAGGUUGUCAAUGAAAGUCUACCUCAGAUUUGCUCAAAAGCUACAGAAAUGAGACAGAUAUACAGGAAGAUUGACAAACUAGAGGCUUUCGUGAAGAUGGUUGGAAACAGUGUAGCUGAACUUGAAGAACGGGUCAUAAAGGCAGAAACAGACUUUGGAGCUUUUCCAAGCACAUUCAAGAAGAUCUUGCACACAAUAAGCAUGCCAUCCUUCCUUAAUAAACCAUCUUCCUCAAGACAACAGCAGACCCCCUAUGAAGCUCCAGUCCUCUUCAAGACUGAAGACUAUUUCCCAUGUCUUAAUGAAGCACCUUAUUGA